CGCGAACCAAACUACAAUAAACAAAACAAAAUUUCUUACAACCAAAAAUUCCCGACUGCACUGGAGGGAACAUCGACCUGGUUGAGUGCAGUCGGUUGGUGCCAUCCACCGGAAAGGAAGUCAGCCGGCCGAUCCAACCGUGGAUUUUCUGGGGUCUUCCGCCCACAGUGACGAACUGCCAACCAACCGAUGUAAUUGCUCGGAGCCGUGGAUGGUCCCGUUUCUCAGAAUUAGGGGCUAUGAUUCCACCAUGCGACCAUAUGUUUCAUGAUCGACCAUAUUUGCCAACGACUCCGGCGCCGCUCGAUUCCUCGGUUUUUCCGUUCGACUAAUUGGGGCAGCCCCGCGGAGCGAACUACUAGUCGGUGGGAACUCUGGGACCCUGACCGGCUUGUCCGCGCUGAGCCUCUGGAGCGUUCAACAGAGGAGCCCGACGUCCUCCCGAUGCCGACUCUGACACUACAAGAUGCAGCAAGCGAGGACUGGGCCAGGUGCUGGCGCAAAGCCGCGCAAGGAUGUUCUGGCCUCACUCAAAAUGGCCUCCAUGGAGGAAAUCUCCAGGGCCUCACUCCCAGCCGAGAUCAUGUCCUCGAUCCUUGAUUACCUUUCCCCCGUCGAUCUCAUACGAGUCGCCCGGUCGUCUAAACUCAUGCGCGAGAUGGCAUACGAUGAUACGAGAUGGGUGCAGAAGUUAAAACGGAUGGGCUGCUGGGACGAGGUGGAAGCGAGAAAGCACGCGGAAGAAGCAUUUGGUACUAUUGCUGAUGUGCAAAGUGUCGAGCACCAGGAGGGCGUGGAUACACAACAGACAAGUGAGCCUGGAAGCGGCGUUUCGCAGACUGCCGAGGCGGAUUUGCAAGCGAUCUCUGACGGAUUCGAUCAAAUCAAAUUGUCUACUUCCGCUGCCAUUGAUAUGCUAAAUGUAUCGGAGAAUGAUCCGGUAUUGGGCGCAUUAAAGCAAGUGAGGUCGGUGCGCGGAGAAGCGCGCCAGGAGUAUGGGAAAGUCCACGCAGCACUGGCGCCAUACUACAAUGAUAUCGUCACCUCCGGCGCUUCGCCCGAUAACCUGCUUUUCAAAAAUUUUACCGACCCACAACACCAAGCGCAGAUUUUGUCGCAAUUGCAGUAUUUUUCCGAAUGCGAUACGUCCGAGGGCUGGUAUGAACGAACCGAACAGUUACAGACCGCGGUGUCGAUGUUCGAAACGGCUGCUAUCAAGGAGUUCAGACAUGGAUAUGAGACCGAGGAUAUCGAUGAUCGGAUGCGAAAAUAUGCCCAUGUGCUGUACACGUUGAACGGAGGAAACGCGGCCGUGGAGCUCUUCAUUCACCACAACCACCUUGUUACGAGAAGAUCAGAGCUCGGCAAAGUAUCGGACUGCAUUGACCCCCUGACACAGCGGAUCAAGCUCGAACAUACACAGGCUUUCUUCACUCGACUAAGUGUGGCGUACAAUGAGGAGGUCUCGAUAAUCAAUCGUGCUUUCCCCUCGUCCGUGAAGGUUUCGACACCGUUCAUUGAGAAAGUUGGGCAGGAUGUUCUGUACCCUCUUCUGACCGCCAUAUUUGAUGAGCUUCAUCGCGCAAAUACCGAGUCAUACUUGACCGCCGUCUCAGGAACAUUUGCUCAGUGUCUCAAUUUGUCGGAUACGUUGCUACCCAUUCAGAACGUCGACGACAGCUUCGACGAGUUCUUAGAUCACGUCGUUGCUAAAGCCUACGAGCCGCAUUUGGACCUGUAUCUUGCAGAGGAACUAGACCAUUUCCGCAAAUUGUCUGAGGCAGCGGUAGGGGAUUGGGAUAGACAGCUGUCCGAACAAGCAGCCUCAACCGAGUCAUUCUUAAUGUCAAAUAUCAAUAGACAGGCCGAUAAGCGUGAUUUCUUGACCUCGUUCAAGAAGGUGAUCAUGGCGCCUGUCAAUAUUCUUCCUAGCUUUUCGGGCAACAAAGCGAACGAGCCAAAGCCGGAUCCUGCCCCCAGUGACUCGUCAUUGAAGAGUCCCAAUCGUUUCUCGACAAUUGCAUCGCCCACGACACCGCCUAUCAUGGAGGCUCCAACCAAUGAACUUGCAGCCAAGGCUGCAGUGAUGAAAUCCAAAUUAGAGGGCAUUCGGUCUCUGUUCAGCAUCGAAGUCGCUCUCAGCCUAGUGCACGCGGCCAAGUCGAGCUUGGAGCGAGCCGCGCAGUUUAUGCAAAUCAAAGGCGAAUACGGGGCCGCAGUGAAACGGCAGUGCGAGGCCAUCUUUGUGGCCCUCGUGCGCAUCCUGGGGAACCGCCACCUCAUCGGUGGGUUUAACAAUGCUGUCGACCACCUGUCGAAUUACCGGCCCCGCGAACAAGGGGAACGCGACCAAUCCGGCGUUGAGCCGCUGGUCACAUUCUUGGAGUUGGUAAACGUUGGCGACCUGAUUCUUCAAAUGAUCGAUGUGUUCUACGAGCAGGAACUCGUCGGCAACAAGCUCACGGAUCGAAACGAUUUUCUUGACCCGGCCGUCAAGGAGAAGAAAAAGUUCGAGCAGAGUCUCGAUGAGCGGGUGGCUGCCGGACUCAACAAAGGUAUUGACGUCCUUAUGGAAGAAGUGGACUAUAUUCUUGCGACGAGACAGCUGGCGACCGACUUCAACCCCAGUGUGUCUACCGAUCCGUACCGGAAGACGAUGGAUGUAAGCAUCACCGAGGCCGCGGCGGCUGUGGUUGAUGUGGUGUCCUCGCAUACGCAGAUGCUGGUCGGGAGCACGGACAAGAGUAUGCUGGACGUCUUCAACCAGGAGGUUGGGCUACGUCUGUUUGCGGCACUGUGCAAGCAUCUCAAACGACAAAGGAUCAGCAUUGAGGGGUCCUUGAAGCUCAUCAGUGACAUGAACCACUACUUCAAAUUCAUUCAGACGUUCAAGAACAACGAUCUGCUCCUCUACUUCAAGGCGUUCCGCGAGCUGUCGCAGAUCUACCUGAUCGACCCGUCCGACGCUAAGGAGCUGGCCACGAUCAUCGCGGACGCGGACCGGUUCAACGGGAUCUGGCGAGUGGAGGAGGUGUAUGAAUUCGCCGAGCGACGGGCGGACUGGUACCAGGUGAAACGCGACGUUGAGCGCGCCAUGUAUGGGAUUGGGUGUAAUGUUAUGUGAAUUAUGUCCCGGACUACGAUUAUACGGUGUAUAUAGACGAAUACCCCCGACUGCCAUAUGUCAUAGGUAGAUUAGACGAGUGAUGAGGUGAUGAGACAAUAG